CAAAUCCAAAACUUUUAAUUAUUUUUUUUUUAAUUUAUGCACACAAACACUCUUUUCCUUUCUAUUUUUGUUUAUAUAAAGAAACCAUUUUGCUCAUCAGAAGUACUCAAUCACUCGGACCACCAACUUGCGGCCGAAGAAAACAAAUCGAGACUUGGUCUCUAAGCACCAACAACCACUCCUUUGGUCUGUGUGUCUUUUAACAUAAUUAGAUUUUUAAUGGAUUGUUCUUCGUUUCUAGACAUAUCUCUCGAUCUCAACAUCAACCCUUUCGAUCGUAAUUUCCCCGAUAAAAUUCCGAAGAAGGAGGUCAAGGUUUCGCCUUCUGCUGCUUUGGAUAGGAAAUGGUUGGUCAAAGACGAGAGCGCAAACGAGUUAAGAGAGGAGCUAAACAGAGUUAACUCGGAGAACAAGAAGCUAACAGAGAUGCUAGCAACAGUCUGUGAGAACUAUCACGCACUGCAUCACCAUUUGGAGAAGCUGCAGAGUCGAAAGAGCCCUGAAAUCGAUCAGAUCGAGCCACCGACAAAGAAAAGAAAGCAGGAUCCGGAUGAGUUCUUAGGCUUUCCUGCUGGACUCAGUAGUGGGAAAACUGAGAACAGCUCCAGCAACGAAGAUCACCAUCAGCAGCAACACGAGCAGAAAAAUCAGCUUCUUUCAUGCAAAAGACCAGUCACUGAUACCUUCAACAAGGCAAAGGUUUCAACAGUCUUCGUGCCUGCUGAUUCUUCCGACACAAGCUUGACAGUAAAAGAUGGAUAUCAAUGGAGGAAAUACGGACAAAAGGUUACAAGAGAUAACCCGUCGCCUAGAGCUUACUUUAGAUGCUCGUUUGCGCCGUCUUGUCCAGUUAAAAAGAAGGUGCAACGCAGCGCAGAGGAUCCGUCCUUACUGGUAGCUACAUAUGAAGGGACGCAUAAUCACUUGGGUCCUAACGCUUCUGAAGGAGAUGCUACAAGUCAUGUUGGGUCAAGCACAAUGACGUUGGAUCUUGUUCAUGGUGGUCAUAGAUUAGCUUUGGAGAAGAAUGAAAGGGGAACGAUGCAAGACGUUCUGGUUCAACAAAUGGCGUCUUCGUUAACGAAAGAUUCAAAGUUCACAGCUGCUCUUGCUGCAGCUAUAUCUGGGAGGUUGAUGGAGCAGUCUAGAACAUGAAGGUUUCAGUGAAUGUUUUUGUUUUGUUUUCUCAUCCCUGGAAAAAGAAUGGGUUUUUUAGAAGAAAAAAAAAUUGUAUCUUUUGAUUAGGAGAUUAGAGAUGGAGAACUUUAGUGUAUAUAAAAAAUUAUAAGUACAUGUGAAAUCAUAAGCAUUCGAGAAAACUUUGAAUUUGAGUGGGUAACACAACGAAGACUCUAAAUACAAAUUUUUGCGCUACACAUAUGUUUUUGUCAGCAUUAUGUUUUGAAUCUUGGUGUUGACACAAAGACGACACUAUAACAAAACCAAUAGAUUACAUUUGCGUUACAUAUGUUGGUCC